AUGUGGUACACGGCGAUUCCCUAUCAUUCGAUGUGUGAUCAAAGAGGGGGUAGUAACAAGUUUGAAAUAACCGAAGGAGACAAUGCUAUUGUCACUGGAACAGUACGAAUUCCAACCAAUAUUCAAAGUGAAAAAAUAUGUGUUAACCUUGUUGAACAUGUUGACGAAAAAGAAGAAAUGAAUACCAAAGAUAUUUAUAAAGAAUUAAGGCUCCGUGGUUAUCAAUAUACCGGUGUAUUUCGUGGUUUAAAAAGCUCAUCAAUUACGGGAUCGAACGGUCACAUCGUUUGGACAUACAAUUGGGUAACAUUUAUAGAUAAUAUGUUACAGAUGAUGAUUUUAGGAAAGAAUACAAGAAGUCUUCUACUUCCUACAAGAAUUCGCAAAUUGACAAUUGAUCCGAAAUAUCACAUGCAGUUAAUGAGGCUUAUUCAUGAUUAUCCAAUUGAAGAAAAACAAUUUUCUGUUCGUCAUUAUAAGUUUCUAGACGCUAUAAUAUCCGGAGGAAUAGAAAUUUGUGGUACUGUGGCCACAUCUAUAUUUCAGCGACAGAAAUCAGUUAAUACUGUUCUUGAAGAAUAUAAAUUUGUUGCCCACCAUGAUUUAGAAACUAUGUCAUUACAAGAUGCAAUAAGAAUGGCAGUACACAUUGCACUUGAAUGUUACAAUAUGAUAAAUGUGAAAAUUAUCGAAUUUGUCGAAGAUACAGAUAAAAUAAUAUUAGAAGAUUUAAAUUUUCCACUCGUGAAUGAAAUCUUAAGUAAUUUACCGCAGAUUCGACAUCAUACUAAACUUGUAAUGUCUCAUGAAAAAUUCCAAAAUAUUUUUUUACCAAACAAUGUUUCUACAACGGAGAUUACUAAGUUGUCCAGAGACGAAAAUUGUUUGAUGGUCAUUGGUUUCAAUAUUUUGACAAAAAAUAGUAAAAAAUUAUAUGAACAGUUAUUGUCUCUGUUAAUGCCGCAAGGUUUUUUACUAACUCUGGAGGAAUCCAUUGCAGUCUACAAUGAUUCAUGCUUGAAAACAUAUGAAUUGGAUAUUAUACUAAAGAAAAAAAUAAACAAAAAGACACUUUUAUUGUUAAGAAAAACACAAAAUGUUACGAGAAAUCAGCGGAUUGUACAUGUAAACAAUUAUAAUUUUUCAUGGGUAGAUGAACUGAAAUCAAUCAUGAUUAUGCAAAAUGAGAUUAGUGUAGAUAUGAGAAUCAUAUUAGUCGCGGAAGGGGAUUUUGAAUGCGGGUUACUAGGUCUUAUUAACUGUUUGCGAAAAGAACCAGGAGGCGAAAUGAUUAGAGGCAUAUUUAUUCAAGAUGACAAAGCAUCCACUUUUUCUUUGCAAGACCCAUUGUACAUGAAACAGCUGCUGUUGGAUCUGCCUAUUAAUGUUAUACGUUCCGGUAACAUUUGGGGAUCCUAUAGGCAUUUUCCAUUACCAUCGUUGGAACAAAAAUGUGUACAGAAUGCUCAUAUCACACAAAUGGUAAAAGGAGAUCUAAGUACUCUUUGUUGGGUACAAAACAGAGUACCUAUUGGCUUUAAGCAUAAAGAUUUCAUUAAUGUAGUUUAUGCGCCUCUCAAUUUUAAAGAUAUUAUGUUGGCUACUGGAAGAAUUGCCGCCGAAUCUAUUGGAUUUUUUGAACGUGAUUAUGAUUUUCUACUAGGCCUAGAAUAUAUUGGAUUUAAUAUGCAUGGACAAAGAAUAAUGGGACUAACUUCAUACGGGUAA